AGGAGGCUGCUUCUCUCCAUGCAAGGGCUUUCGGGUGACGCAGGAUGAGCGUGCCAGCUGAUGAGCCGGGCAACGUGGCCCAUGCCAUCUUUGAAAGGUUCCUGCAUGCAGGGGAGUGCCAGGAGGUGCUGGGCUGCUUUGGGGAGCUGUGCCAGCAGCUGGGGCUGCAGGGCAGUGGGCUGCAGCUCUACCACAGCCUCAAGGCUGCCCUCAACUACUGGAGUGCCAAGGCCCUGUGGAGCAAGCUGGAUAAGAAAGCCGGGCACAAGGUUUACGACCAGGGCAAGGCCUGUGCCAGCACCAAGUGCCUGGUGGUGGGAGCCGGCCCCUGCGGGCUGCGGGCGGCCAUCGAGCUGGCGCUGCUGGGUGCCCGCGUGGUGCUGCUGGAGAAGCGGGACUCCUUCUCCCGCAACAACGUCCUGCAUCUCUGGCCCUUCACCAUCCAUGACCUGCGGGCACUGGGUGCCAAGAAGUUCUAUGGGCGCUUCUGCACCGGCACGCUGGAUCACAUCAGUAUCCGGCAGCUCCAGCUGAUCCUGCUGAAGGUGGCUUUGCUCCUGGGGGUGGAGGUGCACAUCAGUGUGAAGUUUGAGGGCCUUGUUCCCCCCACACACAAGGCAGGUGGCUGGCAGGCUGUGGUGCAGCCCAGUUCCUCUCCCCUCACCCACUACCAGUUUGACGUCCUCAUCUCAGCUGGCGGUGGCAAAUUUGUCCCUGAAGGGUUCAAGCGGAAGGAGACACGGGGGAAGCUGGCCAUCGGCAUCACCACCAACUUCAUCAACCGCCACAGCCAGGCCGAGGUGAAGGUGGCUGAGAUCAGUGGUGUGGCCCGAAUCUACAACCAGAAGUUCUUCCAGAACCUCUACAACAAAACGGGCAUUGACCUGGAAAACAUUGUAUACUACAAGGACGACACUCACUAUUUUGUCAUGACGGCCAAGAAGCAGAGCCUGCUCAAGAAAGGAGUCAUCCUCCAGGACAAAGCAGACAUCGAGAGCCUCCUGUCCCCAGAGAACGUGAACCGGGAUGCCCUCCUCAGCUAUGCCAAAGAAGCUGCCAACUUCUCCACCAACUACCACUUGCCUGAACUGGAGUUUGCCCUCAACCACCGGGACCUGCCGGAUGUUGACAUGUUUGACUUCACCUGCAUGACACGCUCGGAGAAUGCGGCGCUGGUGCGGGAUUACAAUGGGGCUCGUCUGCUCCUGGGGCUGGUGGGCGACUGCUUGGUGGAGCCCUUCUGGCCGCUGGGCACUGGGGUGGCAAGGGGAUUCCUCGCCGCCUUUGACGCAGCAUGGAUGGUGCGGCGGUGGGCAGCUGGGACCCCCCCACUGGAGGUGCUGGCCGAGAGGGAGAGCAUCUACCAGCACCUCUCGCAGACCUCCCCAGACAACACCAACAAGAACAUCAGUCAGUACAGCAUCGACCCGGCCACACGCUACCCCAACAUCAACCUGCAGGCCAUCAAACCCAGCCAGGUCCGAGACCUCUACCUUGUGGGCAUAGUGGAGGUGGACCACAAGAGGAAGAGUGACAACCGGCUCAUCACCGCAGCCUCUGGAGACGUCUACGAAGAGCUGCUGAGCUGGUGCCAGGCCAGCACAGCUGGGUACCGUGGCGUGGCAGUGACCAACUUCACCACCUCCUGGACCAGUGGCUUGGCCCUCUGUGCCCUCAUCCACCGCUUCCGCCCUGAUCUAGUGGACUUUGACUCUGUGGGCACCCAGGAUGCCGUUCAGAUCCACCAGAUGAUGCUGGACAUGGCAGAACAGGAGCUGGGCAUCCAGCCUGUCCUCUCCAGCAUUGAGAUGGCCACCAUGACAGAGCCUGACCACCUGGGCCUCAUCACCUACCUCAGCCAGUUUUAUGAAGCUUUCAAGACCUCACCAGAGGUAGAGGAGGUCAGCAAGAAACCACUGUCUCCCCACGGCACACGAGGGGCCAUCCUCUUCCUCAGCAAGCUGCAGAAGAGCCGGAACCUGACACGCAAACGCGCCCACGACAGUGCCCAGAAGGAUGCUGAGGCCAAGAGGAGCCACAGGGACACUGAGCUGGAUGUGGGGCUGGAUGGAGACACUCUGGACAGUGCCCGUGAGCCGCUGCAAACCACCACGACGGACCCAGGGCAGCUGCCGAGAGAGAGGGCAGGGGAGAACAGCGAUGCCUGCUACUUCUGUGGCAGCCAUGUCUACAUCCUGGAGCGAGCUAGUGCCGAGGGACAUUUCUUCCACCGUGGCUGCUUCCAGUGCCGCCGGUGUGGGGCCACCCUGCGCCUGGGCGACUACGCCUUUAACGAGGAGGAUGGUAAUUUUUACUGCUCACUUCACUACCCCAAUCUACCUGGCAUGGACCUAUCCCAGCACGAGGCCCCAGCACUGCCUGAUUUAGGGGAUGCUGAUGCUGCCACCGACCCACCCUUGGAUGCUGGGAGCCCAUGUGUGUCCCCCAAGGAGGGGGCGCCUGGUCCCCUACAGCCCACUCCAGCGGCUCCACAGCAAGGGGAAGAGCCUGGCGCAGUGGAGGAUGCUGUGGAUGCUGGUGAUGUGGAGGAGCAAGAGCUGCUGGCACAACCCGGGGGGGAUGCAAGGGAGGAGGAGGGUCCUGGAGCAGAACUCCAGGGGGUGGCAGAGGAGGGUGAGGAGAGUGGGGGCAGGAGGAAGAUCAUCCUUACACCACUGGAGAAGCUCAGUCUGUCCACCCUGAAUCUCACCAGCGAAGCAGAGCCUGAUCCUCCACCGAAGCCAGCUCGUCUGUGGCUCCAAGCAGUGCCUGAGGCCCUCCCUGCCCCAGGGCAGGGUCAAGACUGCUGGAAGGAGGAGGAGGAGGAGGAGGAACUUGACAUGCAGAAAACUUUGGAGGAGAGCGACAGCGAGGAAGAGGAGAAGAAGAAGAAAGAGGAGGAAGGCACAGACCUUGGCAUCAUGGCAGAGUUGUGCCUGAACCUGGGCAAAGAGGAUAUGUACUCCACCUGUGAGCACACACUGUCCCGCCGGGCCAGGGAAGCCCACAUGAAGCGGUUCUGCAAAGCCCAGGCCAUCCAGAGACGGCUGGAGGAGAUUGAGGUGACAUUCCGGGAACUGGAGCAGGAGGGCAUCAAACUGGAGAAGUUACUCCGGGAUGAGAAUGGCAGCCCAGCUGACCAGCAGACACAGUGGACAAACCAGCUGCUGUACUUGGUCCAGAAGAAGAACAGUCUGAUGACUGAGGAGUCAGACCUCAUGAUUGCGGUGCAGGAACUGAAGCUGGAGGAGCAGCAGUGGCAGCUUGAUAAGAAGCUCCGGAGUUACAUGAACAGGGAGGAAACCCUAAAGACACCCGAGGAUUGCAGGGCUGAGCAGGAGACUCUGGCGCAGCUGUUGAAGGUGGUGAAUGAGCGCAACCUCCUCAUCCACAUCCAGGAGGAGAAGCGGCUCAGUGAGCUGCGGGCCUGAUCCCCACAGCCCCUGGACCCACCAGAUCCUCCCUAGGGGGACAAGCAAUGUGUGUGUGUGUCUCCUGGUACAAGCAUCACUCUGAGCAGCCUCUGUGAUGGUCGUGAUGCCUGAGCUGCUUGCAAGCACCAGCAGCUGCCAUGGCGAAUCCAGCUCCCUGCUUGCCAAAGCCUGUCACGGAAGGGCCAGACCUGCUGGUGGAUGCCCACAUGGGGAGACACUGAGAAGCCCCCAGCUUUGGGGUGCAAAGAGGGUGUUCUCGCAUGUGGCUGGA